AUGGUUCCUGACCGUGCACAGUUGAAGGAGGCCGGGUACUUUGCUCCGGAACGACAUGACGAAGCCUACUUGUGCCGUUUCCUUCGUGCGCGAAAAUGGGAUUUUGAGGCUGCCAAAGAAAUGUUGUUUGAGGCAGAGGCAUGGCGGCGCCAAAACAAAGUGGACGAGUUAUAUGAAAACUUUUCUUUUCCUGAGAAAGAAGCGGUGAAUGAGCUGUAUCCGCAGUUUUACCACAAGACGGAUAAGGACGGUCGCCCAGUUUAUAUUGAGCAGCUAGGAAACCUUGAUCUGAACAAGUUGUUCAAGGUGACCACGCCAGAGCGACUUAUCCAGCAGCUUAUUUACGAAUACGAGAAGUGUCUCAAUGAGCGUAUGCCGGUUUGCUCUGAGCUGCAUCACAAGCUGGUUGAGACUAGUUGUACAAUUAUGGAUUUGAAGAAUGUGGGUAUUGGCCAGUUUUGGAAGGUGUCGACCUACGUACAACAAGCAAGCAAGAUUGGACAAUAUUAUUAUCCAGAAACUAUGGGUCGCUUUUACAUUAUAAACUCGCCCUAUAUUUUUACGACGGUGUGGGCGGUGAUCAAGAAUUGGCUUGACCCGGUUACUCGUGACAAGAUCCAGAUUUUGGGUUCCAACUACAUUGGUGAACUGGCUAAACAGAUCCCAUUGGAGGAGAUCCCGUCUAUCGUUGGUGGGAAGUGUCAAUGCCCGGGAGGCUGUCUGAUGUCGGAUGCUGGCCCUUGGAACACGCCUGAGGGCAAGGAAAUUGUCCGUCGUUAUCAAACAGAGAAGCGCCGACUAAAAUCAGAAUACUAUGGCACAAACGAAGAGCCUCAGCCAUGCUCGCCUGCCAAGCCAACACCCCAUGCAUUGGGCACGGAGACACCGCAGGCUCAGGUGUCGCAGAACGCUACUGCGGAGCAGAAUAUGAUGGUGUCAGCCCCGGCGAUGUUGUCUAGGUCAAAGACUGUGGACGAGCCAACAGACGAGCAGAUGCAUCAACAACAGCCAUCGUCAUCUCCUGUCGUCGCGGACGCGACAAGUUAUCCACAGGCUAAGACCCACGAUGCAUCACAGUCGUUUGAAGUGCAUCCAUCUGUUAUUACAGGCAUGGAUUCGGUUUCGAGUGCCGCCUUAACUGAAUCAGUAACCGAACAUGUGAGCGGCAACACAGGUGGUAUCCCGUCGCCAGCACCUUCUUUAAGCGUCCAGGGAACCGAUGGACUUGCACCUCCCAUUACUUCUAAUGCUCUGGCGCCUCCGAAACAGUAG